AUGUCAAUGCAACCAGAACAGAUUGACGUCAACACCAUCCUUCACAGGAUAAGGCAGCAAAUCAUGCAGUUGGUGGCAAAACUCAGCAAACUUCAGGCCAAUCCCCCUGAACAAGUUGAACCAAAAUUCAACAAAAAGGUUGAGAUUGUCGCUCACCCCAGCACUUUUGAUAAAAAUAGGGCUAAAAUGUUUUGCCAAGACUCAAACCAAAAUUAA